AUGGAUAGUCUUUAUCCAUUUCAAUGUGGCCUUCAAGGAGCGCUAGCAUCUAUUGAUGCUUUUGUAGCGGCAUGGGAAGGAAAUUUGCAGUCUGUCAAAGAUUUUAUUGAAAAAUAUCCAACAUUCAAAGAUAAACCGGGCCUUCAUGGAACAACUCUAUUAUAUUCAGCAGCCAAGAACAAUCGUAUGUCACUUGUUAUAUAUCUUGUUGAGAGUGCUAAGUGUGCUGUCAAUGCUCAAAAUCUUCAGGAUCUUGCAAAAGCUUUGGAAACCCCAAGUGGACACUAUGAUACCAUCCCAUCGGCUGCUUCAACAGCAUUACAUGGUGCUUGCUUUAAUGGGCACUUAAGAGUCGUAGAAUAUUUAAUUAAACACGGGGCCGAUUAUUUCAUUUUAAACCAAGCUCACGAAACUCCAAUUGAAAAUGGAAAACAAAAUGCCAAUAUUCGACAGUUUUUCGAAGGCUUUUUAAUACUCGGCUAUUCUCCAAUGGUGAAAGCUCUACCUCGAGAACCAAUUCGAGAAAAGUCGACAACAGGAAUAUUCGAUUGCAUAUGGGAAUACAAACUGCUGUCCAGCCAAGAAUGGAAAGAAUUUUCGAUUGAGAACUCCAAUGAAUUAAAUCAAUCGCUUCUCGUGGAGCCUGAUCAAGAAAUGAAACGUGAAAUCUAUCUGAAUACAGAUGGUGGUGUCUAUAGAGUUUCACUGAUUCAAUUUCAGCAAUCGGGUAAAAAACGUGAUCCAAAAACAAAUUUAGCAUGGGUUCGUUGUCGUGGUUCAUCGAUUUGGAACUUUGAUUGCUUUCCAUUAUGGCAACUAAUGAUUAUACAACAUACCAGCGUGCCGCCGAAUAAUGAACCGUCUCUAAAACCCUUUGAUGUACCAGCAACUUAUGAUAGUCGAUUUCGGUUACGACUUAAUUGCUGGUAUAAUUGCACGGAACACAUCAGUGCGCAACUCGAUCAUGCAAUCAAUUAUCGACAAAAGCAGAUUUGUUUCGAUGCUGACUUUAUAACUACUGAUAGGUUAGAUUUCAAUCUUCAAGAAUUUACAUUUACUAAUAAGGCAAAGACAAUAGUUGGCUGUAUACGAUGGAUACCAAAACUGAUAUCGAAAAAACAGCAAGAUUCAAGCAGGAUGCAUACAAUAGAUAAUUUUCAGAAUUUAGCCAAUCUUGAUCCCAUACCAUUUACCACAAGAGGACUCAAACAAGCAUCACAACGGAAUGACACGAAUUCCAUUAUCAGUGAUGAACUGUUAAUUGAUGAAAAUGCUGGUGAUCCUGUAUUACAAACUUUUCUCAAUGCGGAUGAAGGUGACGAAGACUACCUUGAAGGUCGAAAAGAGACUACCAAAACCUCUGAUGAUGAAUAUUGGUCUGUAAAAGAUUUUCAAAAAGAUGAUGAUACCGAAUCAGUAGUAAGCGAUGAUACAAGAAGUGAAAAUCUCGAUGACUAUUUAAAUGAGGCUUCAAGUCGAAGUUCAACAGCAUCUGUAAUAGUCGAAUCAAUUUCACUUGCUCAUCGUCAAGAAAUGGACGCAAUUAAAGCUGACUUAAACAAGAAGGAUCAGGAAAAUCGAAGUCUACAAGCGCAAUUACAUGCUGCUAAUGAAGAAAUGCAGCGAGAACUAUCGAAUAAUGAGCAGAAAACAGCUGAACAAGAAGCAGCAUUCGAAAAAUUACUCAAAAAGAUCACACAAUUGAAUGAUGCACAAAAAAGAGUCAAGGCAGAACAGGAUGAAACUCGAAGAAUAGAACAAGCCAUUAAAGCUAUUGACUAUAAGGAUAUUGAAAUAGAAAUCGUACAAGAUUUUUUUACGCCGAAAUUUAGUCUGAUACUCGACAAUUUGAAGAAAACAAUAACUAAAUUUGGCAAUUAUCCUAUUGAUAAAAUACUAAAAAUGUUAUUUGAAAAAAAAGGAAAGUCAUAUAUUGUUACCAUUGUCGGCUUCCCAGAGCAUCAUGAAACAUUCAAAACAAUCUUAAAACGAAUACGACAUUUAGUGCGUUUGAAGCAAGGAGCCAUUGAUUUUCAUCAACGCAAAUUAGAUCGAAUGAAAAAUACAAUAAAAGUCAAUCUUUCAAAGGUUCAACAGAAAACGCAAUAUUGGAAAGAAUACAAAAAAUCUUUGGUUCAAUUCAUUAACGAGAAGUCGAUUGAAUAUACAAAAAUGUUUAAUGAUUAUAUAGGAGAAAAGAUGAGUUCAUUAACUGAACAAUGUAUUUCUAAUGAUUUGACAUCAAUUAAAACUGAAAUUCACAGUCAAACAAAUAAUUUCAUGAGAGAUAACAAUCUAUUGUUCAAAGAAAUCGAAUCACUUAAAUUUCAAGCCCUUGAAGAAUUUAUUCAGCAAAAUAUUACUAUCCAACGCAAUCAUCUCGAGAAAAAGCCUACACCAACAGCAAUAUCCACACUAGAAAAAUUUAUUGAAAAAGUUCGAAAUAUACUGAAAACAAAUCCAAGGUUUAUUGGUCAUGAAAUAAAACAUUAUGGUAUGAUACCUGAUCUAUUACAACGAUUAAUGAUUUAUUAUUGUUGCUUUAAAAUACAACUACCUUUAUACGAGUCGUCAUUAGAACUAUUGGAUAAGAUUGAACAGAAUACAGUGACAACAAUCGCAACAUCAACUGGAUCAGGUAAAUCGAAUUAUUCGUUGUGAUUUGUUGCACUUCUUUGCAACAGAUAAUAAUCGAUACUAGACAAUGAAUAGGGUGUAGGUGUGGUUCUUAGUCUUCUCUCAAUUCAUACCCACGCCCACACCUUCAUUAGAGAAUUUUCACAAGUGAUAGAAAUCAAUUUUUCAAGAAUACGGCGUUUUUAUCCCUAGCUAAUUUGUGAUUGUUUCUCUUCAACUUAUACAAGAAUUCUCAAGAUGAGGUAAUGUAGUACUUACCCUACCUAUUAUGUAUAUUGAAUGUCACGGCUAAAAAUAUUAUUAUUGAAUAACGGAAAUUUUUUGAAAGAGACUAUGCAUCGAGAGAAGUGUUGGAUGUCCUGUAUAGUUUUGGUCUUUUAAAUAACGAAUCGAUUUUAAGAACUGAAAUUGGAGGUACAUUCAUAUUUUGUGUAGGACUAUCAACUAGCAAUGUUUCAUUGAAAUUGGUGACGUCAAUCAAACAGUUGGUGUCAUUUUUUAAUCUUCUGUAUCAUGAAAUGACUCGAAGCGAGGCUUGAGGAUUUCCUUAAAAAAGCUUCUAUUAUUUAAAUGAAACC